UUCACAGCGGGGGGCUGGGGGACUGGCCAGGAGAGGGGCUGGUGGGGAGGCUGCUGCAGCGGCCUCACAAAGGAAUGAGGCUGUGUGGUGAGGUUUCCCGGCUGAGAGAAAGCCGAAGGGUGCAGUCACCAGAGCACGCAGGCCCCGCACAAGGCUUGGGUGGGGGCUGCCCCGCGGAUGUCUCCUCAGUGGAAGGGAGAAGGUCCUCCCUCCGUGAGCGCUCGGACUCCCCUGCGCAGUGCCCGAGAGGCGGGCCCGUCACUGACCCUUCUCAGCCCGCGGUGCCACCCUGCGGACCCGAGGCCCCAGGGCGUCAGUGCUAGGGCCACUUCGAGCGACGGCAACGAAGUGGACUCUCCUGUCUCCUUUCCUGCCUUCUCUCACCCUCAUGCCUUGAAAUGUCUCAUCUCUGUCCUGUCUUUGUCACUCCCACAAGAGAGCCACUUUAAGGGCCAUUUCCAAGCCCUUUUCCCUGUCCCAAACCCGCAGUUCUCAACCUUCCCCAGCUUCCUGGCAAGGCUGCCUCGACGGCUCCGGUUCACCCUCCGUCUCCGCUGGGCUGGAGGGUGACAACCGCUAAAGGAGGGCGACUCUCUCCGCGGUGGGGCUUCGGGUGACAUCACAUCCUCCAAACGCGAAAUCGGCCUCGGCGGCCAGUCGAAGGGCGCAACUUCCCCCUUCGGCGUCCCACUGGCUCCUGCGCGCCUCCGAGCUCCGAGCCUCGAGCCGAAGCGCACGGCGGGGAGCGCGCCAUGGCCUCGCCCGUGACCGCCCUGCUGCUGCCGCUGGCCUGGCUGCUGCAUACCGACACGGCCCUCGGGUCUCACUUGUUCCGGAUGUCGCCGGAGAAGGUGCAGGCUCACCUGGGCGAGCAGGUGAAGCUGGACUGCGAGCUGCUGCAGCCCGGCCAGACGGUGGGCUGCUCCUGGCUCUACCAGAAGCCCGAGGCUGCCUCCGGACCCACAUUCCUGGCGUACAUCUCCAGCAGCCGGUCCAAGAUGGCCGAGGGGCUGAACACCAACUACAUCUCCGCCACCAAGACCGGGGGCUCCAACUUCCAGCUCACGCUGCACCGCUUCCGCGAGGAGGACCAAGGCUACUAUUUCUGCUCGGUCAUGAUCAACUCGGUUAUGCACUUCAGCAAAUUCGUGCAAGUCUUCUUGCCAGCGAAGCCCACCACCACGACAGUGGCGACGCCGCCACCCAAGCGGGCGCCCACCAACGCGUCGCUGCCCGUGACUCCGCGCCCAGAAGCAUGUCGGCCCUCGGCGGGCAGCAAAGACACAAGUGGCAUGGACUUCGCCUGUGAUCUCUACAUCUGGGCGCCCCUGGCUGGGACCUGCGCCAUCCUUCUUCUGUCACUAGUCAUCACCGUCACCUGCAACCGCAGGAACCGAAGACGUGUCUGCAAAUGUCCCAGGCCGGUGGCCAGACAGGGAGGCAAGCCCAGCCCUUCAGAGAGAUACGUCUAACAGGGCGAUGGGCCCCGUGCGACAGCCACUACAGGACAUCAGACAGAGAACUCGCCCAAUGAAGACAGCGAGAGUCCUUCCUUUUUGUUUUUUUCCAGCGUCCUUAUGUAUUCACUCCUAUUCUUGUUAUUUUCAUGGGGGAUGGGGUGGGAACGGUUACUUUUUCUUUAUGAGUUUGCUUUAAUUGACGCAAAACGAGACUGUGUAACAUCGACGGUUCACCGCAAGGGUUCCAAUACCCCUGUGCUCACGUACUGGGGGAGGGCGGGAGCCAGAGCUACCGCAAGCCGCCUUCUCAGCACCAGGCUGUUAGAGCUGGCCGGGCCUCGGCACCCACUCAGCUCAAUUUUACCCCAUUUUACAAAGCCCAGAGGUGGGGAGCAGCUGGAUCAGAGGCCCAGCAGAGGCUCAGGGCUUGUCCUCCACAAAAUAUAUUCUUUUCUUCUGGAGGCCUCUGUCUCCACGCGUGGAAGCCUGUGUCUUAAACCUCAAAGGAACAAGUUAUUUCUUGAGCACCUGUGAUAGACCCAUCACUGCGCCCCGAGCCCUGACGAGGUAAUGAAAUAAAAUAAGAAAACUUUACCGAGUUGUAUGAUGUAGUUAAACAGGACCAGACGUUUGUUUUUAAUAACCAAGUGUGAAAUUAUACAGAUGAUAGGAGUUCCUCAAAUAAAGUGGAAGGGGUGACCUGAAUCCUG